AUGGCUUCACCAUUAAAUGUAGCACUACUCUUCUCCAUCUUCUCCAUCUUCUCUAUAUCACCAAUCACAUGCUCUAAUCCCCAUCCAUUGGACUCCCUGACCCCAGCCGAGCUCCACCAGGUUCGAGCCAUUGUCCACAAAUCCUAUCCCAGCUCAAAGUACAAGCUAACCUUCCAAUAUGUAGGCUUAGAAGAGCCAGACAAACCGGCCAUGCUUUCAUGGCUGUCAAAGCCCACCUCCAAAGCCCCACCUCGCCGAGCUUUUGUCAUUGCUCGGCUCAACAAACAAAGUCACGAAAUUAUAGUAGACUUGUCAGAACGUUCCAUUAUUUCAGAUGAAGUCUACGAUGGGUCUGGCUACCCUUUACUAACCAUCGAGGAACAAGAAGCUGCGAUUGACUUGGCAGUUAAACAUGAACCGUUUUUAGCAUCACUUAAAAAGAGAGGCCUUAAUGCCUCCGAAGUCGUUUGCUCCACUCAAACGAUUGGGUGGUUUGGGGAAAAGAAGUCCAAAAGAGAGCUGAAAAUCCCAUGCUACUAUUUGGAUGGGACGGUUAAUAUGUACUUGAGGCCGAUAGAAGGAAUAUCGGUAACUGUUGAUCUUGAGGAGAUGAAAAUUUCUCAAUACACUGACAGAUUUGUGGCUGCAAUGCCAAAAGCUGAGGGAACUGAGUAUCGAGCUUCCAUGGUAACACCACCUCUCGGUCCACUUCUCAAUGGUGCUCCCGCAUCACAGCCAGGCAGAACAGGGUUGAAGAUUGAUGGAAAAACCGUCAGAUGGGCCAACUGGAGGUUCCACCUAGGAUUUGAUGCUCGAGCUGGUGCAGUAAUCUCUCUAGCCUCCAUCUACGACUCUGAACAGAGAAAAUAUCGACAAGUACUGUAUAGAGGAUUCAUAUCCGAGCUCUUCAUUCCAUACCAGGACACAACCGAGGAAUGGUACCACAUAACAUUUCUCGACUGUGGCGAAUUCGGGUUCGGUCUCUCAGCAGUUUCAUUGGAGCCCCUCAACGACUGUCCGGCCAAUGCAGUUUUCUUUGAUGGUUACUAUGCUGACCAAGAUGGCAAGCCUGUCAAAGUGGAAGAUGCCAUGUGCAUAUUUGAGAGACAUCCCGGGGACAUAAUGUGGAGGCAUACAGAGGCAGAGAUUCCAAAUCUAGAGAUCAGAGAAGUGAGACCAGAAGUCAGUCUUGUGGUGAGAAUGGUGGCAACUGUGGGCAACUAUGAUUAUAUACUUGAUUGGGAAUUCAAGCCAAGUGGAUCCAUCAAAUUUGGGGUUGGGCUCACAGGAGUGCUAGAAGUGAAGGCUGCACCAUACACCCACACAGAUCAGAUAAAAGAGGAAGCCUAUGGUACGCUUAUAGCGGACAAUACCAUUGGUGUACACCACGAUCACUUCAUAACAUACCAUCUUGAUCUAGAUAUUGAUGGUGAUGCCAAUUCUCUUGUGAAGACUAAUUUGGUCACUAAACGAGUCACAGACAAAAGCAUACCUAGAAAAAGUUAUUGGACAGUUGAACAUGAAACAGCUAAGACCGAAGCUGAUGCAAGGAUCAAACUUGGCUUGAAACCAGAAGAGCUGGUAGUGGUGAACCCAAACAAGAGAACUAAACCUGGAAACAAAGUUGGGUAUCGUUUGCUUCCAGGAUCAGCAGCAGGGCCACUUUUAACCCUAGAUGAUUACCCGCAAAUCCGAGCUGCCUUCACAAAUUAUAAUGUGUGGGUGACUCCAUAUAACAAAUCUGAGAAAUGGGCUGGAGGGCUAUUUGCUGAUCAGAGUCGAGGGGAUGAUACCUUAGCGGUAUGGAGCAGCAGGAAUAGGAACAUUGAGAAUAAGGAUAUUGUGCUGUGGUACACCAUGGGCUUUCACCAUGUACCUUGCCAGGAAGAUUUUCCAGUGAUGCCAACAUUGAGCGGCGGAUUUGAGCUCAGACCAACUAAUUUCUUUGAGUACAAUCCUGUACUUAAAACCAGACCUCCUCUCCAUGCAAGUUGGCCUAAUUGCACCACAUGAUCCCCUCUCAAGUUUUGAAAUCCACUUCAGAAAUGUUGAGUUGAAUUAAUGGAACUAAAAUUUCAGAAUACAAAAGAUUGUUGUUUUAAGUUUUAACCAAUCACUUGGACUUCAAUCAAGUUACAAGGGAUGGAGGCGUAAUUUGAGUAAAAAUUUUAAAUUUAAGUUGUAAUGGUUUUUAUUAGCCCAUAAAUGGAGAAAACACUUUUUUUGAAGCAAUAAAGGAUGCUCUUUAUCUCUAA